AUGGCGCCCAAGAGUAAGGCCGUCUCCACAUGGGCCGGCAUGAGAAUGACAUCGGAGGAGAUUUGGCAGGCGACCGCGGCCAAGUGGCAAACAAGUUAUACGGUUAUACGAUUCGAGCAAACAUGGCCUAACCAAACUGCUGAAGGGAGAACCAUAUUAACCGAAAUUGAAAAAUAUUUUUUACUUAAUCUACGCCGAGAAUUUAAAAAUCAAACAUUGCUAACCAGUUCAACUUCCAUGGAACUGGUUAUAAAAAUUCACACCGCUUCUAAUACAACUAAUAUCAACUGGACGACGGAUGAAAGUUAUACGUUAAAUGUUUUGCUUGAAAACAAUAACUCUGUGGUUGCAAAAAUAGAAGCAAAUACUAUUUUUGGUGCACGUCAUGGCUGUGAAACUCUGUUACAAUUGUUUGCCACAGCCAAUGAAGGAAACUCCACCGCAUCGCUCUAUAUGUUAUCGCAAGCAGUCAUCAUAGAUCGACCAAUGUACCCGCAUCGCGGGUUGCUGAUUGAUACAGCCAGAAAUUAUAUACCUAUAAAAUGUUUGAAAAAACAGCUAGAUGGAAUGGCAGCUAGCAAAAUGAAUGUAUUUCACUGGCAUAUGACCGACACACAAAGUUUCCCAAUACAGUUAGAUAGAGUACCCGAAAUGGUAGCGAAUGGAGCAUACUCUGACGAUGCGAUUUACAGUUCGAAUGACGUGAGAAACAUAAUACGAUAUGCAAAGUAUCGGGGUAUACGUGUACUUUUUGAGUUAGAUGCCCCAGCACACGCUGGGAAUGGAUGGCAAUGGGGACCUGAAAAAGGGCUAGGAAACCUUGCCGUUUGUGUUAAUCAACAACCAUGGCGUAAAUUUUGCAUCGAACCACCAUGUGGCCAGUUGAAUCCUAUCAACCCAAAUUUAUACACCGUAUUGCAAGAUAUUUAUUACGAUUUGGUAAACUUGAACCAAGAAGAAACGAUUUUUCACAUGGGAGGUGAUGAAGUAUUUUUUGGUUGCUGGAAUGCUACAGAAGAAAUCGUAAGCUAUCUAAGAAAUCGUGGAAUGGGUCAGAAUGAUGUGGACUUUCUAACGCUGUGGAGUGAGUUUCAAGAUAACGUGUUACGUUUAUGGGAUAACGCACUGUAUCUAGCAAAUCAAAACCGAAUUGCCACAUCGGCAAUCAAUGACCAAAGUCUUACUAACCCAGUCAUUUUGUGGUCUAGUCGCUUAACAGAUCCAUCAGUGAUUGAAAAUUUUUUGUCAAACGAGCGUUAUGUCAUACAAACAUGGGUAUCUUCAGAGAACAGUAUACCGCUAGAGUUACAAAAGUUGGGCUAUAAUCUAAUAAUUUCAACCAAAGAUGCUUGGUACCUAGAUCAUGGUUUUUGGGGGGUAACUACAUACUAUAACUGGAAAAAAGUGUACGACAAUCACCUACCUAAGGGAAACGGCAUUUUAGGAGGUGAGGUUUGUGUGUGGACUGAAUUCAUUGAUGCGUAUACACUGGACAAUCGAGUUUGGCCACGAGCCGCAGCAGCAGGUGAGCGACUUUGGUCAAAUCCAACAACUAAGUCGUUAGAGGCAGAGGCACGAUUCUUUCGUCACCGUGAGCGCCUCAUCAGCCGUGGGAUACAAACAGAAGCUUUAGCACCGCAAUGGUGCCAACAAAAUCAAGGGGAAUGUCAUUAA